GACAGGCUGACCUGGCCGCAGACAGCUCAGACAGCGAGAGGGUCAGCGGCCCUCAGGUGACCUCAGUGGCCGGAAGGGCUUCCAGUUGGCGUCCGUGGCCGUGCCUGUGCUCAUUUCCUCCCGAGAACAAAGACGCUCAGGUGUCAGCCUGGCAGGUGCCUCUCAGGAGCCACCGAUCCUCCAGGAAAGGGGGGUGCAGUCCCACCCUGUUCCUUCAGGGUCUGCCCUUUGGGGCACCAGACAGCAGACCCCUACUAGACACAGACCCAGGACCGUCCCCUCCAGACCCCUGGUCAGAGCAGCUCUGCCCCUCCAGCUGGAGCCAAGCGGCCAGCACUCCUCGGCUGGGGCCUUUCCUCCCGGCCCGGUGGGAUCCUCCCCUUCCACAGGGACACCCUGGGGGACAGUCGGGGGCUUUGCAGUCACUCUUAGAAGGGUGGGCCACGGAACGAGCUGCCCUGCGGGACUGUUCUCUGAGCACCCGUCCCCCUGCAGCCCUGCCACAGGGGCCCUGGGCAAAGCAUGGGACCGUGAAAGGAAUUCUGUCAACAGAUCUGUCCUGCGGAAACUGGGGACAGGGCCCAGGCUAAGGGCAAGCUGGCUGUAAAGUGAGAACAGAUGUGGGACUUGCCCCGGGCCCACAACUUUGGGGGCUCGCACCCCAGCAUCCUCCACGUGGACGUGGAACUCAGCAUCUCACCCUGCCGUUUCCACAGUGGUCUCUGGGGUGGGGCCCGGGCGGGCCCGGGCUCCCUCGUCACCCUGAGUCGCUGGCCCACCUUGGAUGUGGGACUCAUGCAGACCGGGGAAGUGGUGGCAGGGGUCGGUGUGCCCCUUCGUGUGUGCAGUGCGGCCCCUCCCAUGCACGGCCAUCAGCCCCGUGCAGCUCCAGGUGGUGGUGGGGGGGGGGGUGCGGUGCAGAGGGGAAGGAAGCAGAACCACUUUCUCUGGACAGAAUCCUUCCAUGGCAACGGCCCUGGGAGAGGAACAUGGGGCGGCCCCUCUGACACCCUCACAUCCUCUGUCGCAUCAGUGUCUGUGGUGUCGGGGCCGUGUGGGGACCCUGGCUGCCCGGCGGUGUCCGUCCACGUGGACGUGCCGCGGGGGGUUAGUUGUGUUUCUACGUGGUCAGGAAGCGCUACGGCACCGCGCGUGGUUGGGCCAAAGGGGAUCAGCGCGAGGCCGCGUGAUGGGAGGCGGAUGGGAGGGGAAGGCAGUGGGAGUGGCGACCCGCAUGCCAUGCCCCGUCUGUCCCGCAGGGCUCACCUGUUGGAUCGCCCUGUGCACGGCGGAGGCUGCCCCCGCCUGCCCCCUGCCCUGCACGUGCGACGGCCAUGGCCUGCAGGUGGACUGCAGCGGCCGGGGCCUCGCCGCGCUGCCCGCGGACCUGCCGGCCGCCACCCGCAGCCUGCUGCUCCUGAACAACAGGCUGAGCUCCCUGCCCGCCGGGGCCUUCGCCGGCCUGUCGGGCCUGCAGCGGCUGGACCUUUCCAACAACUUCCUGGACGGGCUGCCGCGCGCCGCCUUCGGGGGGCUGGCCAACCUGACGGAGCUGCAGCUGCGCAACAACAGCCUCCGUGCCCUGGACCCCGAGCUGCUGCGGCCCCUGGCGCGCCUGCGCCACCUCGACCUGUCCCUCAACGGCCUGGCCCGGCUCCCACCCGGCCUCUUUGACGGGCUCCCCGCCCUGCGCUCCCUGUUCCUGCGUGCCAACCGCCUGCAGAGCCUGGACCGGCGGACCUUCGAGCCCCUGGCCAGCCUGCAGCUGCUGCAGGUGGGGGACAACCCCUGGGAGUGCGACUGCCACCUGCGGGACUUCAAGCACUGGCUAGAGUGGUUCUCCUACCGAGGGGGGCGUCUGGAUCAGCUGGCCUGCACCCUGCCCAAGGAGCUGAGGGGGAAGGACAUGCGCGUGGUCCCCAUGGAGAUGUUCAACUACUGCUCCCAGCUGGAGGACCAGAGCAGCUCAGCCGGGCUGGAGGUCCCCGGGCCACCCUGCACCAAGGCCAGCCCGGAGCCUCCCAAGCCCAAGCCGGGCCCCGAGCCCGAGCCCGAGCCCAGCACCGCCUGCCCCCAGAAGCAGAGGCCCCGGCCCGUGAGCGUGCGGCGGGCCGUCGGCACCGUGAUCAUCGCGGGGGUGCUGUGCGGUGUGGUCUGCAUCAUGAUGGUGGUGGCCGCUGCCUACGGCUGCAUCUACGCCUCCCUCAUGGCCAAGUACCACCGGGAGCUCAGGAAGCGCCAGCCGCUGAUGGGCGAUGCGGAGGGCGAGCACGAGGACCGGAAGCAGGUCUCCUCUGUGGCCUGAGAGCCCAGGGCGGGGCCGGGGGGCACGCCAGCCCC